AUGGGCUCAUCGUUCUCCAAGCCCAUCCGGUCCGCAGUCGGCGCGGCCUCGCGCCGUCAGUACCCCAAGACGCCCUCACCGUCGACGACAGCGGCGGCCGGUCCUGGGAAGACUCAACCUCAACCCCAACCCCGACCUGAAGGGCCGACAUAUCACUCGAAGGAGCAGGCUUCUGCGUCGAGAUCUGAAGCCAUUGACCUCGACGCGCGCGAUCCUCACUUCGCUGCCUCUCUGCGCUCCAUCGGCCCGGUGACGCCCAACCCGACGCUCUCCAAUUCGAGCACAUUCAACAACAAAUACCCUCAAGGGCCAUCCGUCUUCCCCGACGCCGCGAACCCGGCGCUCCUGGUCCUCUCCUCGCGCGCGCGAAUCGCCAAGGCCGCAGAGGAAGAGGCAGAGUCCUUUGGCCGCCAGAGCCACGAGGGGCGGCAGUUCCUGGACGUCUUGACGAUCCGGAAGGCAUUGUCAAUGCGGGAUGAACAGGGGUUGCCGGACGGGGAGAUCGAGAGGCUGCUGCGGUUGAAGAAGGGGGUUGUUGCGAGGUUAGGGAGGAAGGGGCUUGUCGGAGAGGUUUGA